AUGAUCACCCGAUUCCUCACCGACGUUCGCGUAACCUUCAACCCAUUCUCCCUGCGCUCGAAGCCUGCUCGACUAUUCCUGUCGCUUAUACCACCGAAUGCGCGCUCGGAUGGCAUGAAGAUCGAGUCCAAGAUGCUGCCGCGGACCAGCAAGGAGCCUGCGAGGCUGGCUGUAAAGUUCAAGGACGGCAAAGAAAUGGAUAUGGACCUAGACAAGAUGCGGAUAACAGAUGUCAUGGAGGAGGUUGAUCGACAUUCACGACAAUUGGCGCGAAAGGAGGAGCUCAAUGGCAAUUAA